AUGCUGCCUGUGGUGGUACGCCAGCUCGCACGAGGGCUUCAGCGAACUACAGCUGCAGCACUUUCUACAUAUCAUAUUCUGAUAUAUGCAUUCAUAAUCUCUACACCGGUUCUAGCAACUAUCCACAAAAUCGAUGAGGAAAAGCGGGAACGUUUAGCUAAUUUUGGUCGAUAUGUAGCAGAAUGUCUCCCGAAAUUUGUCCAGCAAGUGCAGUUUGCUGCAGGAGAUGAGUUGGAGAUUCUUAUUCAUCCUUCUGGUACUGUUCCCGUGAUGGCAUUCCUGAAAGGGCACCACUCGGCACAAUUCACAAACCUCACAUUUGUAUGUGGCGUUGAUGUACCGACAAGAAAAAACCGCUUUGAGGUUGUUUACUCUCUGUUUUCUGUUCGCUUUAUGGCCCGUAUCCGUGUACGUACUUACACCGAUGAGGUAGCACCUGUUGAUUCGAUCACCAGUGUGUUCAGAGGGGCGAACUGGUACGAGCGUGAAGUGUACGACAUGUUUGGCGUGUGGUUUAAUAAUCACCCAGAUCUCCGUCGUAUUCUAACUGAUUACGGCUUUGAAGGCCAUCCUUUCCGAAAAGACUUCCCUCUGACCGGCUAUAACGAGGUACGAUUCGAUCCUGAGCUGAAACGCGUCGUCUAUGAACCUACAGAGUUGGCUCAAGAAUUCCGUAAAUUCGACCUAGAAACACCAUGGGAAACACUGCCAGCUUUCCGUGACACAUCAAUAAGUAGUGGAUAUGAGAAGAUAGAUUUGAAACAAGAACCAGAAACUACCAAGUAG